CGGUGUUCCACCAAGUGUCACCAAUUCAUUAUUUUUCUCCACUACCAAACAUUUUAUUAUUCCUCCACUCUUCUCCAUGCUCAUCCCCUCCAAACCCUAAUUCCAAUGGCCAAACCAAACCACAAAAUCCACGCCCUCAACGGCGAUUCCGCCGCCACCGUAACAAAAAAACCAAAGCUCUCACCGUCGAAAAUCAUCACCGACGCCGAAAUCCAAUCCGAAUUCUCCCACCACGACACCUCCGUCGCCAGAAUUAACAACGGCAGCUUCGGCAGCUGUCCGAAAUCUAUAAUCUCCGCUCAACAUCAAUGGCAACUCCAAUUCCUUAAACAACCUGAUAAUUUCUACUUUAACAUACUCAAACCGGGAAUCCUCAAGUCCCGCUCGAUCAUCAAAACCCUAAUUAACGCCGAUCAUGUCAAUGAAGUCUCCCUUGUCGACAACGCCACCACCGCCGCCGCUAUUGUUUUACAAAAAAUUGCUCGGUCAUUUGCUGAAGGUAGAUAUGAUAAGGGAGAUGCUGUGGUUAUGCUUCAUUAUGCUUACGGAGCGGUUAAAAAAUCGGUUGAAGCGUAUGUCAUACGCGCCGGCGGUCAGGUGAUUGAAGUUCAGUUGCCGUUUCCGGUGAAGUCGAAGGAGGAGAUUGUUACGGAGUUUCGGAAGGCGUUGGAGAUAGGUAAAACGAAUGGUAAAAAAGUUAGAUUAGCUGUCAUUGACCAUGUUACUUCAAUGCCUAGUGUGGUAAUUCCUGUUAAAGAAUUGGUCAAGAUUUGUAGAGAGGAGAAUGUUGACCAAGUUUUUGUUGAUGCUGCUCAUGGAAUUGGAUGUGUUGAUGUUGAUAUGAAAGAAAUUGGGGCUGAUUUUUAUACUAGUAAUUUGCAUAAGUGGUUUUUUUGUCCACCUUCUGUUGCUUUUUUGUAUUGUAAAAAGUCUGAUCAUAAUGAAAAUGAUUUGCAUCAUCCUGUUGUGUCUCAUGAGUAUGGUAAUGGGUUAGCUAUAGAAAGUGCUUGGAUUGGAACUAGGGAUUAUAGUGCUCAAUUAGUAGUUCCUUCGGUUUUGGAGUUUCUCGAUAGAUUUCCCGGUGGAAUUGAGGGUAUUAAGAAGAGGAAUCAUGAGAAUGUUGUUGAGAUGGGGAAGAUGUUGGCUGAAGCUUGGGGGACUCAUCUUGGCUGUCCGCCGGAGAUGUGUGGGAGUUUGGUUAUGAUUGGAUUGCCUGAUUGUUUGGGGAUUUCUAGUGAGUCCGAUACUUUGAAGUUACGAACCCAUUUGAGGGAAAAUUUUGGUGUUGAAGUUCCUUUCUAUUUUAGAGCUCCUAAAGAUGAGGUUGAUUGUGCUACUGGGUAUGCGCGGAUUUCUUAUCAAGUGUAUAACAAGGUUGCGGAUUAUUACAAGUUUCGGGAUGCUAUCAACAAACUUGUUACUGAUGGCUUCACGUGUGCCAGUCUCCCAAAUUGAAGAGCUCAAUGCGGCACACUAGAAGUAUUCGAAUGAACUAGAAGAGAUUAUUCUUGGUCAGUGGUCAUGGUUUCGCUACCAUGAAGCUUCAAUACCAUCCCCACUCACUUCAAAACAAUAAAACGCUGAGAAACAAACUGCAGAUUUACGCCUGCAUCAAAGCUGCUGCAAUUUUUUUUUCCAGUUUUAUGAACUUGUCUGUGUAAUGGAAAGUUCUUUUUCAUAAAUGUGAAGGAACUUUGUAGCUGUUGAAUUGAAUCAUGUAAAUAAACUUUAUUUCUUCAUAUGCAUUCUCGGCACGUUUUUCGUGCAUUGAGAAUUUUCUGUGAGCGUUGGCCAUGCAAUUGAACUUUAAUAAUAAACGAAAUUCCACAUAAUUAACAAGUUUGAUCAUUCAAUUA